CUGCUCUCUCUCUCCCCUUGUAGGAGGAUGCUCUAGCAAUCUCAGCCUCUUCUCUCAUCCCCCCUUUGGAGGAGGACGCUCUAGGACUCUGAACCGCUGCUCUCUGCCCGCUUCGAGGACGCUCUAGGAAUCUACUCUUUCUCCCUUCUGUUGGAGGAGGACUCUCUAGGAAUCUGAGCCUUUCUGCCCCCUUGGACCCUGGUUGGCGGGGAAGAGCUCCAGGCCUACUUUGAGUAGAUCGUUCAGAAAAGAUGUUGAAAAAUUGAAGUGUGUCCAGAGGAGGGCAACCAAAAUGGUGAAGGGUCUGGAAACCAUGCAUUAUGAGAAGAGUCUUAGAGAGCUGGGUGUGCAUAGGUCCAAGAUGGUCUCCUAACAUAAGCAGAGAGGAGAACCUACAUUGAAAUCCUUCUCCAUGGAAGAAACUCUAGGAAAGAUGAACAUAAAACAGGUGACCUUUGGGGAUGUCGCUCUGUAUUUCACAAAGGGUGAAUGGCAACUGUUGGAUUGGAACCAGAGAUUUUUGUAUGAGGAAGUCAUGAUGGAAAACUAUGAGAAUGUGUCCUCCCUGGGAGACAUUGUGAUUCAUCAGAGAAUCCAAACAGGAGAGAAACCAUACAGAUGCCAGCAAUGUGGUAAAUAUUUUGCUCGUAUAUCAUACCUUAAAGGACACAUGAGAGUCCAUACAGGAGAAAAACCAUACAAAUGCCAGCAGUGUGGAAAAUGUUUUGCUCGCAAGUCAUAUCUUCUGACUCAUCAGAUAGUCCAUAGAAAGGAGAAACCAUACAAAUGCCAGCAGUGUGGGAAAUGUUUUGCUCGUCUGUCAGACCUAGAGAGACACCAGAGUCUCCACACAGGAGAGAAACCAUACAAGUGCCAGCAGUGUAAGAAAUGUUUUGCUCGCAAAUCACACCUCAAGGGCCACCUGAGAGUUCACACAAGAGAGAAACCAUACAAAUGCGAGCAAUGUGGAAAAUGUUUUGCUGGCAAGUCAUACCUUGUACCUCAUCAGAGAGUCCACACAGGAGAGAAACCAUACAAAUGCCAGCAGUGUGGAAAAUGUUUUGUUAUCAAGUCAGACCUUCUGAAACACCAGAGGGUCCACACAGGAGAGAAACCAUUCAAAUGUCAGCAGUGCGGAAAAUGCUUUUCUGACAGGUCUGCCCUUGUGGCUCAUCAGAGAAUUCACACAGGAGAGAAACCAUACAAAUGCCACCAAUGUGGAAAAUGUUUUGCUCACAAGUCAGUCCUUGUGAAUCACCAGAGAAUCCACACAGGAGAGAAACCAUACAAGUGCCAGCAGUGUGGGAAAUGUUUUGCUCACAAGUCAGACCUUGUACCACAUCAGAGAGUGCAUGCAGGAGAGAGACCAUACAAAUGCCAGCAAUGUGGGAAAUGUUUUGCUCACAAGUCACACUUAGUGAAUCAUCAAAGAAGCCAUACAGGAGAGAAACCAUACAAAUGCCAGCAGUGUGGUAAAUGUUUUGCUCGCAUGUCAUACCUUAAAAGACACCAGAGAAUCCACACAGGAGAGAAGCCAUACAAAUGCAAGCAGUGUGAAAAAUGUUUUGCUCAUAAGUCACACUUAGUGACUCAUCAGAGAAUCCACACAGGAGAGAAACCAUACAAAUGCCAACAGUGUGGAAAGUGUUUUGCUUUCAGGUCAAACAUUUUGAAGCAUCAGAGAAUCCACAUAGGAGAGAAAUGUAUUCAAGACGGGGAAUUUCAUAGAUUCAUAGAGUUGGAAGAGACCACAAAAGACCACUUACUGUCAGGAAGUUCCUCCUAAUGUUGAGGUGGAAUCUCUUUUCCUGGAGCUUGCAUCCAU